AUGUCAAAUAUAAAUAAACAAGACGUUGUUAAAUUAAUAAUUCAAUUUCUGAGGGAAAAUAAUCUCAAUCGAUCACGUUCAACAUUAGAAAAAGAAGCCAAUCAAACAUUAAACACAGUCGAAAGUAAAGAACGCUUUUUACAAGAUAUUAUAGAUGGUCGAUGGGAUAUUGUAUUAAAACAGGUCAAUCAACUGGGCAUUGAAAACCAAAAAUUAUUUAAUCUCUAUGAACAGAUUACUCUAGAAAUGAUAGAACUUAAUGAAAAAAGUACAGCCGAAAUGUUACUUCGUAAAUCAAAUGUAUUACGGUUAUUAAAUGAAGAAUAUCCUGAAAGAUAUGAAAUAAUGGAACGAUAUUUGGAUCAGUUACCUAUAGAAAAACCACAAUAUACAACGGAAGAAAGAAGGAGACACAUAUCAGAGCAAUUAAAAGAAGAAAUAUCAGUUACACCUGGUAGUCGCUUAUUAACUUUACUAGGCCAAAGUAUCAAAUGGCAACAACUACAAGGGAUCUUGGUCCCAGAAGCUUCUUAUGACCUUUUUACAGGUGUAAUUACUGUCCAACAAGCUGAAGAGGAUGUGUUUGCCUCAAAGCCAUAUGUCUCUAUUAAAUUCCCUGGUAAAAAGACAACACAUGCUGAAUGUGCUUCAUUUUCUAAAAAUGGGCACUACUUGGCCACAGGUUCUGUCGAUGGAUUUAUCGAAAUUUGGAAUUAUUUAACAGGUAAAUUACGAAAGGACUUGACCUAUCAGGCCAACGAUCAUCUGAUGGCCAUGGAUCAGUCAGUUCUAUGUGUUCAGUUUAGUCUCGAUAAUGCUCUCUUAGCCUCUGGCUCCUCAGAUGGCAAAAUUGCGAUUUGGAAAGUAAAGACAGGACAAUGUCAGAGAAGGAUACCUGCAGCACAUACAGAGGGCAUAACGUCUGUUUGUUUUAGUAAGGAUGGAACACAAGUUCUAAGUUCAAGUUAUGAUCAGACAAUCAGGAUUCAUGGUUUAAAAUCAGGAAGAAUGUUAAAGGAAUUUAGAGGUCAUACAUCGUUUACAAAUACAGUCUUAUUCUCUGCAGACAAUACAAGAAUUCUAAGUGCAAGUAGCGAUGGUACAGUAAAGAUUUGGGAUGUCAAGACAACACAUUGUCUAUAUACAGUUAAUCCUCAACCUGUCAUUGAAAAAGGUCAAUUAAAUCCCGUUGGUGGCCUUGGAAAUGCAUCAGUACAAACUAUCAUUCCAAUUCCAAAACGUGAAGAUCAAUAUUUGGUUUGCAAUAAGACAAAUACAUUAUUUAUUAUAUCUAUUCGAGGACAAAUUAUAAGAACUCUUAGUCACAAUGCCAAAUCUGAUUUUAUCACAGCGGCGGUAUCACCUCAGGGCAAUAUUGUAUACGGUAUAACUGAAGAUUCUUAUAUGUAUGGAUUUCAAUUAAAUACAGGUGCACAAAUUGGGAAAGUGAAAGUGUGUGACAAUGAAGUGAUCGGUAUUGCAAGUCAUCCUUUAUCUAAUGUAGUUGUGGUAUAUGAUGAUGCUGGAUAUGUAUUUUUCUUUAAAGCACCCUAA